AUGGAAAAAUAACAUUCAGUAAUUUUGACGAUAGGAGUCCUAUUAUCGUUGUUGUAUGAUUUACUCAUCUAUUUCAUAGGUUUAGUUCAAAAUUUGAUGCGAAUGAAGGUACUGUUAAUAUUAAAUUAACAUUAUCAACGAUGUCGUGGAUUUUGAUUUCCCUUAUUUUAGUUGUUAUUUAACAUCUAUACACAAGAAGAAAGAUUCCUUCGCAGCCUCAAUAAGAAAAAAUCCAAGAGAAAAUCAAAGAUAUAGAUUCGCCCAUGCGGCCAAGGAAGGAAGCUGCUUUAAUGGACGAACAACUUACAUUAAGCAAGGAAGAUUCUUGUGCUGACAUGGGCGAAUCAUUGAAAUUAAGGACUACUCAAAGUUAAUAAGAUUUUGAUUAAGUAUCUAUAACAUCUAGUCUACGGAAGAGAUCUACUUCCAUUGCAAGCGAAGGUUUGUAAAGGAAAGUCUCUUUUGAUGAAAGCUAGAACAAAGUUCACACCUAUAAGAAAAACAAUAAGUUGGAAAUAAGAAAUUUUGAAUCCAGUUUUUAGGCUAUGAAAUAGGAAAAAAAGAAGAAAAAUGAAUUAGUAAAAUAGAAGAGAAAGGAAGAAAAUUUCAAGAAGUUGAAUAUUAAUGAUAUCAACAAGAAAGGAAGAAAAAGAAAGUCUUCCUUAGAUGAGAAUUUAUCCCAAUCCUCAUAUUGA